UAGCGUGUGGGGAUGUUUUCCCUCAUGAGAAAUGGCGUCGGCGUUGCUGCGCGGCGUGCGCGGUUCUUGCCGGCUAAGCCGGCGCGUUUUACACAGCGGAAAUGCGCUGAGUGAAAAUGACGCGGUGUCGAGCAACUUUACGAACCGCAACCCGCGCAACUUGGAACAAAUGCUGCUGGCACACAAGCACGGGGGCUUCGAGCUCGACAAACCCAGCUGCAGCUACUGGCACAAGUUGGUGUUUGAGAGCAGUGGGCAGAGUUUGAGUGGAUCUGUGGUGCAUGUGGACGGCCAGGUGGUGCUGCAAGUGUCAAGCUCCGAGUGGGGCAUACGGAAGCAGCUGGUCAGUGCUACAGAUCGCAGUGCCGCUGCAGCUGUGGCAUCUGUGCUGGCCAGGCGCUGCCUCGAAGCAGGCCUCCUGUGCGUACAGGCGCCCACUGGGGACCAGGAGGGCCCCUCCCUGCGGCUGCAAGCUUUCCUGGAUGGCAUGAAGGAAGGUGGCGUCCUGCUGACUGAAUCAUGGAGUCCUCACUGACUGCAGUGCAAAGUUGCCUCUGUUUAGAAAGUUUCAUGCUACUGACAUUUUACGAGAGGCAUGGUGUCAGUUCUCUGCUAAUAGAGCAUUGAAAGUCUUACUUACUGGUGCUGGCAGCUCGCUAGUUUGAUGCUUGUGCUGGCAGUGCUCGUUAGGGAAAAGGCCCGUUUGAGAAGCGAAUAAAAAGCGUUAUUU